GGUAAAUGUAAGGGCAUGUUUUGCUUUGUUUGUGUGCAUCAACCGCAUCGUCGCGGGUUGUUACAGGCAGUGAGGGGAGCAGAUGCGGGUUCAGAGGCGAACGCCAUUUUCUGAAAAUCAAAGGCAACAUUGCGUCCAUUUCCCCCCGCAUCUGUCCACUUUGCAGGGGUGGCAUUUCCGUUUGCAGCAGCUGUCUUUACGGCCUGUUAGCAUGGUGAAUCUUGCUCUGUGCUCGUUGGCAAAAUGUCUCAAUGUCCAGGGUGAAGACUCUUGCAACAUGGACGGCUUUUAUGACCAGCAGGUCCCUUUUGUGGUGCCAGAGAGUAAAUGUCACACAGCGGAAGCAGACAUAUGUCUCAGCGACAGGAAGAGGAAGUUCGUGGACACUGGGCUAGCACAGGACACAGAAGAACUUUUUCAAGAUCUGAUCCAGCUCCAGGAAAUAUGGAUUGCAGAAGGUGAGACCUGCAAAAAACCUCAGGUUCCUGAUGACGAGCAGUUUGUCCCAGAUUUCCAGUCCAAUAACUUAAUGUUUCAUGGACCGCCUGUGAGCAAAGUGAAGCAAGAGCACAGUCCGUCCAAAGACCUGUCUCCCUGCAGGACGCCUCACGCUGACAUGUGCCUUUACAGUUACAGUGCCUGUGACAACAAGCCAACUGGGCUCGCAGGUGUGACCCCAGCCUCCUCACCCGCAGUGCAAUGUGGUGCCACCCAUCCUUCAGGACCUCCACCCUUACAGAGGCAGUUACACCCAUCCAACCCUCAGCUGACCAACAACCACAUUUCUUCCCAUAGCCCCUCCCACCACCACCGCAACCUCCCACAGGCCAACCAAAGCCAGCACUUUGCGCUGCCACGCCCCCCCAUCAGCUGCUCCGCUGGAUCGUUCAGUACAGAACAAAGGUUUCAGCGACAGCAUUCAGAGCCCAGUUUGUCUUUCCUCCCUCCGGAGAAAACAGCCAACACAACGUACCCCCCCUCGAGUCGUGACAGCCGCCCACUGUACCAGCGGCACCUCUCAGAUCCUUUGGUUCCCCGUGGCCAGCGAGUCUUCAAACAGGAGCUGGUGGAUCCACGAUAUCCGGAGCCAGGGCCGCCUGGUCCAGCUCUGGCCCGGCCUCAGACCACCUUCAACCACGUCACCAUCAAACAAGAGCCCAGAGACUUUGGCUUUGAUUCAGAGGUUCAACCCUGCCAGUCAACAUCAUUUGGGAAGUCUUCAGUCUUGUACCAGAAUAACCGUGUUGGAUUUGGUCGUGACAGAGAGCCACAUCUGUACUAUGACGAUACUUGUGUUGUGCCAGACAGACUGGAAGCUAAAGUGAAGCAGGAGGGUUUGCCGUACCAGCGGCGCGGCUCGCUGCAGCUCUGGCAGUUCCUGCUCACGCUGCUGGACAACCCAGCCAACGGACACCUGAUCGUCUGGACGGGACGUAACAUGGAGUUUAAACUGAUCGAUCCUGAAGAGGUGGCUCGGCUCUGGGGGCUCCAGAAAAAUCGGCCGGCUAUGAACUACGACAAGCUGAGCCGUUCACUGAGGUACUACUACGAGAAGGGCAUCAUGCAGAAGGUGGCUGGAGAAAGGUACGUCUACAAGUUUGUGUGCAACCCCGAGGCGCUGUUCUCCAUGGCUUUCCCAGACAACCAGAGGCCGAGCCUGAAGGCCGACCCAGACGCCCUCCCUCCUGCCACUGAGGAGGACGGCCUCCCUCUGCCCAGCCACGAGGAGGAAGGUCCUUACCUGGCUGAAGGAGGAGAGCAGUGCAUCCAGGGACUGGCUUUCCCUGACAGCUACCCAUACUAGACUCAACAGCCUGGCAGCUGGAGUGAACAUGAGAUAUUUUCAACAACAGGAACCUGAAAUUACUGAGCAGUGUUCAAAAUGUACAGCCACAUUACAUAUGUAACUAAAAAGUUUUGCUUACGAAAUCCUGAUUCUACCUAAAUCUCUGGGACUGUUAAUUUGAAGUCACUCCCUAAGCAAACAUGCAACUGUUUGUCCAGAAUUACUGCAGCUCUGAUUUGGUUUCAUAUGUUACGAUGGUUUUAGGGCCACUGUUAGCAAACACAAAAUUCUUAGAUCUCAAAAUUGCAUCUGAAAGUUGUAAUAUUUUGAGAAAAAAAGUAAUAUUACCAGAAACAGAUAUAAUCUUAAAUGUGCAGUGUGCAUAAUCUAGUGACAUGUAGUGGUGGUGUUGCAGACCGCCGUUUUUUUUAAUGUCAAGUGAUUAUACAAUAAUUAAAACUACAAAAACAACAGUCUGACAAAACAGAAUAUUGUGGGGAGAAAGUCACAAUAUGGAUAAAGUUUAACUGGUUUGACUGGUGAUCAUAUUUUGAAAGAAAAUACUUUUUUGAGAAAGUGUCAAAAUUUAAAACAUUGGAGUAAUUUGUAGUCUUAAGAGAAUUUUUUUUUUCUCAAAAUAUUUGACUUUUACUCUGUCUUAUUCCUCUAUCACAGUGGCCCUAAUACUCAGUUGUAAUUUGUAGCAUGGCCGUCGCUGUAGUCAUAAACUCUGGGAUCUGUGUUUCAACCAAAAAAUAUCUCCAAGCCAUGUCACUCCUUCACUAAUUUACUUAUAAUUGUUUUUUGUGGGGGAGUAAACCUUAUACUGCUUGAAAGGGACACACGUAUUUUCCAGAUGUUUUAGUCCUCCUAUAAACAUGUAUAUUAAAAUGUCUUUUGUGUACUUUUUUUCUUGUUUUCAAAGCUAAUAUUUUUGGCAUUAUAUGGACUUGUAAGUUUUUCCUAUAACUGUUUUAUGACAAAGGUACUGCUACUAUUUUUGAUUCUGUAAUACUGCCACGAUGAUGCUUCUAUUAAGCAUGGACUUUCUUACAAACAGCUCACAGUUAAUGUACCGACAUAGUUUUCUGCAUUUUGUAUAGUUGAUUUGCUUCAAUGUGUAGAAAAGGUGUAUAAUUAUAUAUGAAUAUAUUUUUGCAAAACGCCUGCGUUUGCUUGAGCUCCGGAGUUUAGCCUGCUAAUGUGUUGCAUCGAUUUCUGCCUCUCCAAGGUGGAGUGACCUUAUCCUUUGAGUCCUGCAGAUCUGCAAUGGAUGUAAUGGUAUAUUUUGCUAUAUGAUCACAUGACAGGCUGGAGAAGGAUUACUGACACUGGUGUGACGUCUACCCUCAGAUACUGUAUGUGUGCCUUCUGUUGAUCUUUAC